AUGGAUUUUUCUUUAGGACAAAGUAAUGAUGAUGAUUCUGAAUCUAUGUUGGGUUUUACUAUAACAAUACCUGAUCAACAUGAUAGUCGUUCUACUAAACGAUGGAAAGAUAAAAUUGAAUUAGUUCGAUCAGAAUCAAAUCCACCUUCAUUAAAACAUUGUUCAAUAAGUAAAAAUUCAUUAUUUUUAGAAAGGCAAGCUGCAUCAGAAAAUCGCAAUACUUUUCCCCGAAAACGAUCUUCGCAGUCAUUUAAUCAUAAUUAUCUCAAAGUUCCAAAUUUAUCUGGUAGAACAUCACCAUCUGUUAUUAGUAUGAAUUCUGAUCCUGAAUCAUGUCUUGAUGGUAUCUUUGAUAAUGUUGGUGAUGAUGAAGAUAUAAUAAAAACACUAGAAAUAGUCAAAUUAUUAAAAAAUGUUAAUAACAUUUUACCUCCAGCAGUAUCUUCAAAUGCUAUAUUUAUUGGUUAUUUCUUUCUUGAAGACAUGUGUUAA